UGUCGUAAAGCGGGAGCGGAUGUCGUGACGUGUAAAGAGGCUGGUGUUCAACAGAACCCAUUGUGGUGUGGGAGAGGAGUGAGCAGCAACCUGAGAGAACAAAUAGAGGAAGAAAUACAUAUGUGACCACAGAGGGACUCGUAUUAAACAACCGGAUAUGGACCUUAUUGCACAACACAGGCGCUGUUGUCCUGUGUGAAGAGGACCGUGUCUUCUACUCAGAGAAAGAUCCGGAAUAUGAAGAGUUAAGACUCGACAUCCCAACUGUUUAUUUCAGCAGCUAGCAGGCUAGCUGGCUAGAUGUCUGAGUCCGCUUGAUAAUAGAGAUUUUCGUCGAGCUUUGAAAAAGCGGCUUAAGACAAUGUUUGCGUUGAUUUAAAAGGACCAUUGAGUCGCCUGGUCUGAAGCUCCAACUUUGAAGAAUGAUUUCAACCGAGCUCUGAUCAUUUCACUACUAAAGCCAAAGUCUCACAGGACUGCUUGCUCAAGUUUUUGCCCUCAACCUGGAUAAGAGAACAUGACGCACUGGCCACUGCCAGGGACUGGCAGAGGGCAGAUGUGCCAGCUGUGUCCCUGCCUGCUGCUUUAAAAGUUUCUCAGUUUGCACCAUGCCGAAGAGGAACUGAGGUCACCUCCCUGACAUUUGACACAAUACCUCACCUCUUCCCCACCCCUUAUCACACCCCUCAUCCCUGCCCAUUCCCAUCAUGCUGCGCUUCCUGCCUCUCAAACUUGGCCGCCUGUAUCGCUGUCUGAAGCUCCUGCUGGUGGUGGGAUUGUUUGUUGUCCUGUUGAUGAACACCCACAACUUAUUUGCCUCCUUCCAGAAGAAUGAGCUCACUGACAGGCGUUUCAUUAACCUCAACAAGUGUCCUGCCUGCUUUGGCACCAGCUGGUGCCGUAAGUUCAUGAAUGGCCAGGUUUCCUUUGAGACGUGGGGUCGCCUCCGAUUUCUAGACGUAUUCAAUGUCAAGAACGUUUACUUUGCCCAGUACGGGGAGCCCAGGGAGGGCACCCGACGUGUGGUGCUCAAACGGCUCGGCUCCAACCAGGAGCUGGCUGAGAUAGACCAGAAAAUCUGCAAGAGAGCCACUGGCAGGCCGCGUUGUGACAUCAUCCAGGCCAUGUACAAGACUGAGUUUGCCCGGAUCAACGGGGAUGUUCGCCUGCUUACUCCAGAUGUGGUGGAGGGCUGGUCAGACCUGGUGCACUGCCCCUCGCAGAGGUUGCUGGACCGUGUGGUCCGAAGGUAUGCAGAGACCAAGGACUCGGGCAGCUUCUUGUUAAAGAACCUAAAGGACACGGAAAGAAUGCAGCUGCUUAUGACUUUGGCAUUCAAUCCAGAACCUCUUGUACUACAGAGCUUUCCAUCAGAUGAAGGGUGGCCAUUUGCCAAGUACCUGGGAGCAUGUGGGCGCAUGGUAGCUGUUAACUACGUGGGCGAGGAGCUGUGGAGCUACUACAAUGCACCGUGGGAGAAGAGAGUGGACUUGGCACGGCAGCUGAUGGACAUUGCCGAGCAGCUCACCAACAAUGACUUUGACUUUGCCCUGUACCUGCUUGAUGUCAGCUUCGAUAACUUUGCAGUCGGCCCUCGUGACGGAAAAGUCAUCAUUGUCGACGCUGAAAACGUUCUGGUGGCAGACAAAAGGCUGAUAAAACAGAACAAGCCAGAGAGCUACGAUGUGUGGUACGAGAGCCGGUUCGAGGAGUGCGACAGGGAGGCCUGCCUGUCUUUUUCAAAAGACUCGCUUUGUUCCAGGGUCACUGUGGACCACAAUUACUAUGCUGUGUGUCAGAACCUGCUGUCGAGAUACGCUACGUGGCGGGGCACCACCGGAGGCCUCCUCCACGACCCGCCCUCCCAUGUAGCCAAAGACGGACACCUUGAUGCUCUGUUGGAUGAGUGCACCAAACCCAAAAAGCGCUAUGGCCGCUUUCAGGCGGCCAGGGAACUGCGCGAAUACCUCACACGGCUAGCUGCUGCCUCGUCCUCUGCCAUGGCCAGGUAAUGCAUGGAGUCGGCGUUAGCCAGACGCACUUAGACUGAAUUUUGUACUCUUUAUCCCCCGGACUCCUGGGAUCCCGGUUCACGUACGUGAUGUCAUUUGCUGCCUUUGUGCAACAGAGCAAGAGGGUGCUGGGUCUUGCAUCAUGAAGUGUGAGACUCAAACUUCAAAGCGGAAUUGUUAAAGCUCUACCUUUUUACCUGGACUUUGCUCCUUGGUGCAGGAAGGGUAUGGCACUACAAAAAUUCCUGCUCGAGCCAGAAAAGAGAGGUGAUGGAGGUGGUAACCUUUCGGCUCUGGGGGUUGGGCUGCCUCCUCGAGGUCUGAGAUUAGAAAGGGCUCUGCUGAACGCAUCCCUCACUGGAGUCAGGCUAACGUAAACCGGAGCAUCCGAGCAGCAGCCCUGAUGAUGUCCAUCAGAACAUUUUGAUUUAGAAAAAUAAACUUUAACACGUUUCGAAUUUACUGCAGUCCUUUUCAGUUUUGAAGUAUUUUUUUGUUGUUUUAUUUUUUUCAGGGCUCAAUUUAAGUCAGUUGUGCUGUGCACAUUUUUUUGCUGUGCCAUGGGUUUGUUUUUUUUUUUUGGUUGUUGUUGUUCUUUUAUUUUCUGUAGCAUUGCUGCCUGGAAGGUGGAAGUAGCAUGAAUCUCCUGCUGUGGGGCGGCAGGGAAGGCUGGGCUAAAGCAGGUGUAGAGUAAAAGCAAGGGGUUGGGGGUUUGCAUUUCGCACAGGAGAGAAAUAAAAUCCUUGACAGCGACACAAGUAUAAUUUCAAAUCAAUCACUGUUUCCAGGUUUCAGGAUUGUGGCAAUCAUUUUUUGUGUAUGUGUGAUUUUUUUUUGUUAUUUUUUUUCUUUAAUAGAAACCAGAAAUGGCAAGACAGCUGCUCAUGGGGAAAAAGUAGGCGAUAAUUGGACUUUGGUGGUCCCUUAAUGCAGAUGUGUCUAUACCAAAGAGGCUGUUUGUAAUAAGAACUCCAAAGUUUACACACCUCUCUCUCCAGUCAUUUCCCACUAGAGUUCUACAAAGGAACACAGCUUUUAUGAGCUGACAAGCUUGGGUACUGAUAUUCUGUCCCCAAAGAAUCAAAUCCAGGGGCAUCUAAAACAAAAAUAGCCAUAGUUAAAUUACAACUCCCUUUGCUUCGUCAGCCUGCAGCAGAAUUGAUAAAUGACCAGUUAACAUUUUUCCUUCAACAGUGAUGCAGAAAGAUUUUUUUUAUUUAAAAAAUUGACUUUUACAAGAUAAAACCUACAUUGUACUGCCCCCACAAAGCCCCGUUCUCUUUAAAUACCAGUAAUUGAUGAAUGCUAUUGUCUGACUCGUCCCAUUGCUGCUGAAUGCAAUAAGCUCUGUCAGGUCGAUGGAUGAAAAGGGAAUGAAGAUAUCCAUAAAUGACUUUCCUGCACCAGAAAGUGGAUUCUGACCUGCGCUUUUACAUUUCGCAGCCCAGAAAUUUCCGCUCAAUAUUUAAACAUUAAGCACCACUUAGAGGUUGGGUUGAUUUUACACUCAGUGGACCACCAAAUUAAAGCAACAAAUACAGGCUCAUUUUGCUCAUAGCUUAUGAGAUAUGUUCCUUUUUAAAUAACUUGAAAAAACAAUUUUGUCUAUUGCUUCAAAUGUUUUUUGUUUCUUUGUAAGUCAACUAUGUUGAUGUUGUGAUUAAGAUGGUAAAAUGACAAUGAAAUUUGUGUCAUACAGAAAAUAAGACAGGCCAAUAAUUAAAUGAACAUGAGCCACUUAACCACUACAUUCAGAGGGGAAGUUAGAAAGCACAUUAGCUGCUCUUUUUUUUCUUGUUGUUUUCUUGUUUUCCCUCCUAGUUUUCGACAUGACUUGUAAGGCUGACCUGACCCUUGUCAGUUAGGAAAAGCAAUAAAAACAUGUUUGGCUAAUGGAUUUCAUCUGUUGAAACCCUUAAACCUCAUUUGUUGUGUCAGAUACAUUUUAGUCCCGCCCCUGGUCAGAUGUAUUUCAGUAUGAAAAGAGGUCAAUCUCGAGGGAUUUGUUCAUGCGUAACUAGCUGUCCACUUUUGUACUGUAAUUUUCUUUGAGUAUUAUAUCAGCAUUGUCUGAUUUUUCCUGUGCCUUUCAUUCAAAGUUGUAUUUACAACUUUUAGUGGGUUUAUAUAUUAAAAUAAAUGAAGAAAUCUAUAUAUAUAUAUAGAUAUAUACCUAUGA